GUGUUUGAAUGAAUGGAACAAGAACAGCUAUCGUUGAUUUUUGCCAAAUAUUUUCUAUCCUCCACACAGCCUCUUUCUCCCCUCACACAGGUGAGCUCUCACACAUCUCUUACUGUCAGCACCACAUAAUUGCACCAUGCAGCCACCCCCCUUCCACUCCUCAAACGUUCACACAAACACUGCAGCUCUUUGAAGAUGCAAAACACCCUUCUCGUUUGACGGAGAGCAGGCUGAAGGACAGAGGAAGCCAAUAUGUAGUUCAAGGACUGUGUCAGAACUCUGAUGGAAAAAAUGGUUGAAGUACGCCAACAAAUAUAUGUGCUGUUGGUGCAAUUAAUUCUCCUCUCACCGGCUCAUAAUCAGCGAAGCCUCCACAGGUCAGUGGGGAAUGCUCUGGAGAAGACUUGGGAUCACACACAGCCGGGACUCUGUAACUAUGGUCAGGCCACUUCCUGUUGUUUUGGAUGGAAGAAUGUUAACAGCCUUUGUCAACCUGUGUGCAGGAAGCCGUGCAUCCAUGGAAAAUGCCUGGGACCAGACAAGUGCUUAUGCUCCAAAGGGUAUAAAGGACCACAGUGUGAUGAAGAUGUGAAUGAGUGUGGUUUGUUGGAGAGGCCGUGUUCCCAACGCUGCAUGAACACACCCGGUAGCUAUCGCUGUUACUGCCAGUCAGGAUACACACUCAGUGCAGAUGGAUAUACCUGCAUCACAAAGGCUGGAUGCAUUUCCUUGCGCUGCCAGUUUGGUUGUCGUUCAGAGAAACUGGGAGUGGUGCGUUGUUUUUGUCCCCCUGGCCUCCGCCUGGCUGCUGACAAUAAGACCUGUGAAGAUGUAGAUGAGUGCCAGGAUGUUGUUGUGUGUCCACCUCGAAGGACCUGCAAGAACACUUUUGGCAGCUACGUUUGUGUGUGCCAAGAUGGUUUUGUGAUGGGAACCGUGCAAGGAUCAGUGGAAUGCCGAGAUAAGGAUGAGUGUUUAACCGGGUCUCACAAGUGCAGCCGCCAUGCUCACUGCCUCAACACAGAUGGUUCCUACAUAUGUCGCUGUGCAGAAGACCACUUUGGAAAUGGACACACCUGCUGGCCCAGGCGUGCCUUGCAGUCCAAGGCUGUCAUGUACUUCAACUACAAACUCUCCAAAAGGACAAAGACAAAACACCAUUCACCUUAGUGCUAGUUUUUAUCACCACUGUAGGUGAAUCACGAAUGUACAGAAAACCAAAUAUCCAAUAUAACAUUACUGAAAAAGUUUUGAGCACCCCUAUUAUGCUGUUGUGUGAAGCAGGUAAUAAAGCUG